AUGGACCCGGAGCACUUUACUCGGCCGUGUACUCAAAUCGAUCAAAGUUUAUAUUGUGAUGAGUGUAAACUCGAAAUAAAUUGUUCAACAAAUAAACAAUUAGGAAAUGUUUUUUUGUACUUAUCAUUAAAGUAUCAGUUACAGCAUUUUUGUGAGCAUCAUCAUGAAUUCUGUCAUACCCCAUUCGUCGGCAAAAAAAAUGUUCUUAUGCCUUAG